AUGUGGCGGAUGCGGAUACGGCUACUCACUGGCUACCUGGUCCUGCUGGCCCUCGGCCAUCUGCCGGAGCACGGCGCUCUGGGCCAGAAGUACUACAUGAACUUUGCGUUCAACAACAACAAUCCGGACGCAGAGGGCGGCGGAGGAGGUACUACCGGUGGUGGGGCCGCUGGCGGAGGAUCCCAUGAAGGAUCGACCGAUGCGGAUGCCAGCGGUGUGACGGAUGCACCAGGAGAUAAACAUACCUCGAGUGAAUCCCAUACCACAGAAGCCCAUCACUCUGGGGAUGCCUCCAAUGGGGACGAUAAGCAUACAACAACUGAAGGAGCAGGAAGUCACUCGAAAGAAGGUUCCAAGAGCCACAGCGGGAGCAAAGAAGCCGAGGCCGGAAAGGAUGAUGACAAUGAUGACAGCGACAGCAAGGACGCCAAGGAUCGGCGCACGAAGGCGGAGGAGAACGAGCGCAACGGUGGGGGCAAGCGCAACGACCACAGCCACCACAGUAGCUACGAGAUCAGCAUCGACGACAGUUUCGGUGGGCGCUACGUGCGAUCCAUUUACGAGAGCAGCGAGAGCCACGGGCAUUCCGGCAGCAAUGCGGGCUCCAACCAGCGGGACGCCAAGGAUCGCGAGAGCAGCCAGGAGGCGGCCCCGGAUGCCGAUGCUCGGGCUCCACUCGCUACCGGCACUGUGGCCGAUGCGCCGGAAACUGGAGCUCUAGAUGCCAAGCAGGAUGACUACGAGGAAAUGUAACACUAGCGGGAGAUCUGAGAUAGGAUUCGCUCGAGGGACUUUGGGAAGACGCAGCCACUUCAAUUGAUUUCAUCAUUAAUAUGACAAUAAAAUUUAAACACACAA